GCGACCAUCCCAGCGUCGGAUCCGUCGCCCCGUCCGUGUUUUUAAUCAGCGUAAAAACACGGGGCAACAUACCGUCGUUGCGGACGGGUUCUGUGCGCUCUCCAGUCUUCUCCCAUGGCCCCGUCUCCGCUUUGAACGCGUAGGAAGUCUGUGCACCGUAGGCUUAGCCGUUUAAAAAAUCAGCCGGACACUGGGGCGCUAGGGACGGUGACAUCCCAUCAUCAUGUCCAAGAUCCUGAAGCAUUUGGGCUUCGGCAAAAAGCCUCCGAUGCCGCCUCGAGUGGAUUACAAUAUGCGGUCUUUUCUGGGAUUGGGCAUGCCCAUCCGGUGCAACAGCGAGGGCAACCUGUUGGAGGCCGUGGCCGAAGAGCGGGCCAUCAACAAGAUGACGCACCGGUCGCAGGACGACACCCAGUUGGUGUUGGUGCCCGACUACUGCGACCCCGCUGAUUUGAAGGAACAGUUCCGCAAGGAGAUGGGAGCUCGUCGCAAGGCCGCCGCCGCCAAAGUGGCGCUUUUCAAGAACGCCGUCGGCACCCUGGACGACGACUUCUACUCCACGCCGUACGAGACGCAGCGGGUCGCCAAAGAUAACAAAGGAAAAGCGGCUCCCACGUCGCCCAGCGUUGCCAGCUCCUCUUCCCCUGCACCGUCUAAAGGUCAGACAGAGGGUCAGCAGCGGGCUGGCAACAACAGCAAGUCGACGCCCCCGCCUCCCGCGCACCAGCACCCCGUGUCCAGUUCAGCGUCGUCCGCAUCUACAGCCUCGCACGCUGAACCCGGUGGAAGGCAUUCCAGACAGACGGAUGAAGCUGCGGUGCCGGAGCCAUGCGACGAGGAGGACGCCGGCGACGUCCAGUACUGCGACCCUUGGGACUCCGGCCCGGCCGCCGCGGCCCUGCGGCUUCUGAGGGGCGAGGACGUGGACUGUCCGCCCUCCGCCGCAGUCGCGGCGACCGCAGCAGUUCCCGCGCCGUCCUCGGCCGCGCUGUCGGCCGACGAGAUGGCCCGGCAGCGGCACAUCUACGAGACGGCCUUCGACUCGAGAGUGCGGCAACGGGAACCGGAAAUGGACCUGGACCGCCUCGCGCAGAGUCCCGUUCUCGCGGGGCUCGGGCCCGCCCAGAACAACAGUAACAACAACAACCCGACCCGUGUCGGACCGCUGUUUCCGGUGCCCGGUGCGAGUGGUGGCGGCGCCGUGGCCGGACUUCGGAAGGUCGGAGGCGUCGCUGCGAGACCGACGUCGUCGGGUUCGUCGUCGGCGUCGUCGCUGCAGGACGGAUGUCCCAAACCGCCACCGCAUCAGGGAAGCAGUGGAAGUGGUUCCAGCCAACCAGGAGCCAGCCAACAGCCAAUGGCGGCACCUCGUGGGUCAAGCAGCGGCGCGGUUCCGGUGCCGGCCACCAGGGGCCAACCGGGCCAUGGCAAGCCCUCCAUGCCCUCGGCGGACAAGGCAAUCUACCAAAACCACCCGCUGCCCCAAUCCCCUGGAGCGGACAAGUCCGCCUCCCAAGUGGCCAUGGCUGUCAAGCGCAGCAUCCACGCGGGCGGGAUUAAGGUGCUUCCAUCGGAGCCCGUGCGCCGCACGCGGCACAAUCACCGGCGCGAGGGCGAGCCCAUGGCGCUCGCACCCGUGCUGCUCAACGGGUUCCAGGCAACGUCGUCGGACAAUGUGUCCUCGUCUUCCUCGUCGGACAAUAGCCCCCGCAAGCCCGACGAGAAGCGAGGCCGGCACGCCCCGCCCCUUCCACACGCCCUCGGCGCACUGCACAACGGAGCUCAGGGCCAAGAUGUUCCUGGGGGUUUCAGAGCAUCUGCGUCUGUGGACAGCCUCUCCAAUUCAUCCUCCGACAGUCCCCGGAAGCCGGAGGAAAAGCGGGGACGCCUUGUCGCCGUUGCUCCUCCUACCGUUCUCAAUGGAGUCGCUUUCAAGCCGACGCCGUCUUCCAGCGUAGACGCCGCCACGGAUGUCAACGCAGACCGCCGUCCGGCGGACAAGCGGAUGCUGGCGUGCCGGGGCGCCUUCCAGGCGCAGCCGCAGCCGCAACCGCAGCCGCUGCACAGUCAGAGCCCUAGCUCGGACACGCGGCCUGAGGGCGACUACGACCGGCCCUGGGACUUGCCGAGGCUGAAGCACACGGAAUCCCCGCCCCAAGUGCCGGGUCACAGGGUUGCCAAGCCCCCGGCACUUCACUCCCCUACCCAGGCCAAUGGCACGCAGGUGAUGAGGCUACCGUCUCCAGAAGCUGCGCUAGCUGCCUCUACUCCAACUGCAAGCUCAUCCAGGGAGCCUCCUUGUGCGAGCCCAGCUCCUUCGUCAAGUGCAGCUGCCUCAUCAUCUGCAUCAGCAACUACUGCAUCCUCUUCAUCCUCCUCAACUACGUCCAUCGCGAUGGAGCCUCCGGCACCUGUCAGGCCCAAUGCGCCAGCGCGACCGUCGCUAAACCUAAACCUGAACCUGAACGCAUCGAACUCGCCAAAGCGGUCGCGGCACAACCUUACACUAAACUUUGGUUGCGCCGCUCUGAGCGUUGUGGGAGAGAAGGUUGACCCAAGCGUUGCACUUGAGAAGCAGGGGUGGUACCAUGGAUCUAUCAGCAGACUUGACGCCGAGAAUUUGCUCAGGGUCCUGAAAGAAGGGAGUUACCUUGUUCGCAAUAGUGAAAGCUCGAAGCAUGACUACUCACUCUCCCUGAAGAGCGCACGAGGCUUCAUGCACAUGAAGAUAGUGCACAAUGAAGAUGGGAAAUUCAUCUUGGGUCAGUUCAGCAAGCCCUUUGAGAGUAUCCCUGAGAUGAUUCAUCACUACUCUGUCAACAAGCUGCCCAUAAAAGGCAUGCAGCACGGCGUCUUAUCGCCCGCAGAGCCGUUUGGAUUGCCCCUGAGUGUAUCUAUCAUGCCUCAAUACCUCAAGAACCUUGGAUAUGAAACUCACAUCGUUGGCAAGUGGAACCUGGGAAACUACAAGCUCUCAUACACCCCCACUUUCAGAGGAUUCGAUAGUUUCUACGGCUACUACAGUGCGGUGGAAGAUUACUACAACCACACUGUCCUCUGGGAUAACCAAACUGGACUCGAUUUUUGGUUGAACACUCAGCCGCUGAGGAAUGUGAGCGGCAUUUACUCAACGCAACUGUACACUGAAAGAACGAAAUUUCUCAUCGAGAACCGCGAUGUUUCGAAGCCCUUCUUCUUGUACCUUCCGUACCAAGCUGUACACUGUGGAAAUUUCGACGACCCUCUUCAAGCGCCCCAAGAGAACAUAGACAAGUUUCCCUACAUUGGGGAAGAGAACCGGACAAUUUUCGCCGGGAUGACGGACGCCCUUGACGAGUCCAUCGGAGAGGUCUUCCGAGCCCUGUUCGACGCUGGCAUGCUGGACAACACGAUCAUCGUACUCAGCGCCGACAACGGCGGGCUUCCGUUUGGCUUCGAGUCAAACCGGGGCUACAACUUUCCCCUGCGUGGAGGGAAGGGCACUCUCUGGGAAGGAGGCUGCAGGGCGAGUGCCUUUGUCUGGAGUCCUCUGCUGAAGCGCAAGGGCGUCGUCUCGGACCAGAUGAUGCACAUCACCGACUGGGUGCCGACCCUCUACUCGGCAGCCGGAGGUAAUCCACAAACGCUGGGAAAGCUGGACGGCACCGACAUGUGGGUGCCGCUGGCCUACGGAUCUGCGUCCCCGCGCUACGAAAUCCUCUACAACAUCGACCCGAUCGAUCGCAAUUCGGCUCUGCGUUACACCAACUACAAGCUGGUCCUCGGGAUAGCCAACGGCGGGGCAUACGAUCAGCGAUAUCUGACCACGGGAGGCUCUCGCCCCUACGGCGACCUGGACCUCUUGAUGGCCCAGUCCGAGGCAGCCCAAGUGCUCAGAGAGUAUUACGGAACGGGAUACCUGAAGUUUCCCGACCAGUGGCGACAGAGGGCGACACUCACCUGCGGAAACAAGGUGCCCAAGAACUUUGUGUCCCUCUCCCCGCCGUACCUGUUCGAUCUGACAGCCGACCCCUGCGAGAUUAACAACAUUGCCAGUUCGCAACCUGGGCUCGUGGCUUUUCUGCAGAGCAGGAUCGACAGCUACGCGGUCACCCAAGUGCCUCCGGUAAACCAACCCACCGACCCCAACGGGUACCCCAGCAACCUGAACGGAACUUGGGGUUCGUGGGAAACGUGACUGCGACAAAAAUGUGUGAAAAAUGAAAGUGCAGCUGUUUAUUUAUUUAUUCAUCAAGCCGACAGAAGUGCGCUUCAAGAGGGACGAGACGCGAACUCAAGUCUGAGCUUUCCAGACAGACGACGCCGUGUCUAGCGUAUCUGCGUCCUCCUCUUGU